AUGAAAACUUCAGGUAAUAAAGAAAAUAUAUUACCUAAACAAUAUAAGAACCCUUCUUCUCAAAAUAUUCUAUAAACUAACCAAAAUAACAAUCUUAAAGGAAGCUCUAGACAAAAUACAACCCGUAAUAAUUUUUAUCAAUUUAGCUUCUAAAUAAAAGAGCUUUAAUAAUUAGAUUGAAGCAAAAAUUUAAAAAAGAUCAAUAUCUUUUAUUGAGGAAAAUUUAUUAAAAUAGAAUAAAGAAUAAAAUAUUGUUAGUUAGAUAAAAAAUGACAAAGAUUAAAAUUAAUCAGAUGAUGAAUUAUCCUAGGAUUCCUUUAAUAUUUGGCAGGAAGAAUGUAAAUGUGAAGAUUUAUUUGAUUUAUUUUAAUUUAGAUUUACUAACACCUAUAAAACAAUAGAUCAAUUGUAAAAUAAUACAAUGAAUAUGAUAAAAAGUUACAAAAAGCUUUUUGGAUAUAGUAUUUUUAGAACAAAUAUUGGAAAAAAUCCAUUUUAUCAUAUGCCAAGAAGAAUGAAUUCACUUAAAUAUUUUAAUGAAUAGAAGUAGAAUACAAGAUACUCAAAGCUAUCUGCAAAAUUCAAAAUAUAAGAGAGCAAGUUACCUUUUGGAAAGAAUUCCUUCUUGUAUAAUUAAAUAACAAUUUAAAAUAUUAAAGACAAAAAAUGA